AUGCCGCCGUCCUCCAGUCGCAGCGGGAAACAGCCCAUUCCAGCACCCAAGCUUCCUCAAAAGAAGGCUAUUGCAUGUCAAUCAUGCCACGCACGCAAGAUUCGGUGUUCUGGCACCAAGCCGUGCAACCACUGCACGGGUGUAUCUGAUUGCAUCUACCCAAAGCGAGAUCGCCAAGUCCGAGUACACCAGAGCUUCCUGGACCGUAUCUUACAGGAGAAUGCCGACUUACGUGCCCUUCAGCAUCCGGCUGAGCAGUCCGAAAGGAAACCCGAGCAAGACACCUGGGAUACUCCCGCAAUAUCCCAUAGUGACCAUGAAUCUGUCGAGAACCAGUCUAUACAGGGAAGUGACUGGUUCACCCACAUUAGGACAUCCGACACCCCCAUCUGGAUAGGUGAGAUAUCAGACAGUGCCUUUGCCACUCGCUUCCGCCAGUUUGCUUCUUUCUCCCAGACACCAUGUCACAUUCCUCGUACUCAGUUUGUUUCCGACGAGGCUCUUCACAGUCUCGCAACGGCAUAUCCCCCCCCUACCUGGCCAUCGUUGUCGCGUGCUAGGCUCCUGGUUGAAACAGCGGUCCGGUUUUUGCGACACAACUAUCACAUAGUCCGGCGUAGCGAAGUCUUCUCGACUUUGCGGGCAACUGAUUUCAACCAAAUAAAUCUACAUUCCAAGGCCAAACUGUGGGCAUUGUUUGCUAUCGGUGAACUACGCUCGAGUAAAUGCCUUACUGCGACAGGUCAUCUCCCUGGAUUAGCCUACUUCGCCAUGGCGAGUGAUGCUAUCCGCAUGAUCAAUGAGAGGCCCCAAAUUGAUGUGAUCGAGACAGUUCUUCUUCUAAGCGCGUUGGCUUUGUACUCUCUUGAGACGAACCGUCGGCAUUCAGCAUGCACUUUCGUAGGCACUGCCCUCCGCCUCGCCACUAUUAUGGGAUUACAUAUCAAAAUAGGGUCUGCUUCUAUUCCAGAACCUGAAAUAAGAGAGCAUCGAGUCCGCCUUUGGUGGUCGGUCUACAUUAUCGAUAGGUUUCUAUCGUCGAAAAUCGGUCUUCCACUCUUAAUAUCAGAUGCUGAUAUUUCUAUUGAUCUGCCGUCAAAUGAUUCGGCUCUUAACGCGGAGGACUUUGGGGACCACCUCGAAUUUGUGGCCACUCUUCGCCUAGCUAAGGUCGCAGGACAUAUUUCGAGGUCUCUCUAUGUGCGGACGCCUCAGCAACGUGGUACCUUUCUUCAGCAAGUAGCGCAGAUACAAGAGGAGUUGAGCCAGUGGAAAGAGCUACUACCGAGCCCGUUGAAGCCUCGCCUCGAUCACUCGAGUGGUAUUGGGACACUACUACAACCUACUACUAUGCUACAUCUUGCCUUCAAUCAGCUCUUGAUUGUAGCAACGCGGCCAGUUCUUCUCUUCGUUUUCCGACAUCAUAUAGAUGAAAGACCUUCAACAGGAACGGAGCUUCCUAUCUCAGACCAGACCCAAUGCACUGUUGAUGCCUGUAUCAGCGCAGCCAGGCAAUCCUGCGAUCUGCUGUCACAAUGCUGGGUAAAUGGAGACUUCCAUAUCUUCGACUACUUUUAUGUUCAGCAUCUUUUUUCGGCCGCUGUGAUCCUCGCCAUAGCAGGAGCCUUGAACCGGAAAACUUCUCAGGAGGAAAUGGAGGAGUUCAAUCUCGCUGCCGGGUUUCUUCAACAGCUUGAACAGAAUGGGAACCAUGCUGCGAUGGAGUUCCAUGCUCACAUUCAGGAAAUUCACUCUACUCUAAGAAAGUUGCAGCCAGCUAAUUCGCUGUCCACCAGCCCAGAGAUUCUGGUACCACACCAUCCAAUAAGUUCUGCACAAUCUGUUCUGGGCGAAAAGCGAUUGGCCGUCGGAAGCCUGGCAGAUUCCAGACACGAUCUCCAAGCCGCGGAUGACAUGGCAUUGGAUCUAUCGUUUAUUGACGAUUGGAUUUAUGAAGAUGCCCUUGAAAAGUUGUGCUGGUAA